GAAACCGGAUAUAGUGAAUGCAGGGUCUAGGGAGACCAGAUAUAGUGAAUGCAGGGUCCGGGGGACCGGAUAUAGUGAAUGCAGGGUCCGGGGAGACCAGAUAUAGUGAAUGCAGGGUCUGGGGAGACCAGAUAUAGUGAAUGCAGGGUCCGGGGGACCAGAUAUAGUGAAUGCAGGGUCCGGGGGACCAGAUAUAGUGAAUGCAGGGUCCGGGGGACCAGAUAUAGUGACUGCAGGGUCCGGGGAGACCAGAUAUAGUGACUGCAGGGUCCAGGGUUUAGUAACAUUUUUAAGGACA